AUGGGGGAGAUUCACAGCUUCGUCCUGGUCACCAUUGCUCUGAUAAUGGGCAGGGAAACCUGGGCCCUCGAGAAUGCCAACUGUUUGCAGGAGCAGGAAAGGCUCAGAGCUCAGGUAUACCAACUUGAGACUCGGGUCAAACAACUACAGACCGUGAUCACACAGCUCGUGCAUGAGAAGGAAGUCCAGUUUCUGGAUGAAGAACAGGAGGACAAUUUCAUUGACCUUGGAGGCAAGAGGCAAUAUGCAGAUUGUUCAGAGAUUUACAAUGAUGGAUUUAAGCAGAGUGGAUUUUACAAGAUCAAACCGCUCCAGAGCCAGGCAAAAUUCUCUGUUUAUUGUGAUAUGUCCGAUGGAGGAGGGUGGACUGUAAUUCAGAGACGAUCUGACGGCAGCGAGAACUUCAGCAGGGGUUGGAAUGACUAUGAAAAUGGCUUUGGAAACUUUGUCCAAAACAAUGGUGAAUAUUGGCUGGGUAACAAAAACCUUAACCUACUGACUAUGCAAGGAGACUAUACUUUAAAAAUUGACCUGACAGAUUUUGAGAAAAAUAGCCGCUUUGCACAAUACAAACAUUUUAGAGUUGGCGAUAAAAAGUCCUCUUACGAGUUGAACAUUGGAGAAUAUUCUGGAACGGCUGGGGACUCCCUUUCAGGGACUUUUCACCCUGAAGUGCAGUGGUGGGCUAGUCACAAAAGAAUGAAGUUCAGCACGUGGGACAGAGAUAAUGACAACUACUAUGAAGGGAACUGUGCCGAGGAGGAGCAGUCAGGCUGGUGGUUUAACAGGUGUCACACUGCAAACCUGAAUGGUGUGUACUAUCAGGGCCCCUACACAGCGGAAACGGAUAAUGGGGUUGUCUGGUACACCUGGCAUGGGUGGUGGUAUUCCUUGAAGUCUGUGGUUAUGAAAAUUAGGCCAAAUGACUUUAUCCCAAAUAUCAUUUAG